GUCUUCUUAGGCCUGGUCGGUUGCCAUAUUUUGUUAAGUUACCUACUGUCAGUGAAAAAUUUUUAUUUCGACUUGUUUUUAUCGGAUCUCCGAGUUAUGACUAGUCUUCCAGAGUAUGCCCAAGUUAGGGUUCCUGAUGAAUUUAGAAGAAUAUUAUUGGAAUUGACUGUUGGAUACUUAUUAGAUCAGCCUCCUGACUUCAUUGACUUUGCCAUUGAAUUUUUCAAAAGAAAAAGAACUGAGAGAACAGAACUAAAUAAUGAUAUUAAAAGCAAAAAUGAUAUAUUGGGAUCCGAUGAUGACGAAAGCGAAGAAAAUAUUCCUGCUCGCUACACCAUUAGAAGGAAGUCAGUGUUUGCUGAAGCUUACAAUCCAGAAGAAGAUGAUGACGAAGGUUAUCAGCCCCAAGUGCAUCCUAAAACAGAUUUACAACGGAAAAAUUUAGCUGAAGCUGUCAAAAAUAUUCUGCUAUUCAGAUCUCUUGAUUCAGUUCAGACUCGCCAGGUGCUUGAUGCAAUGUUUAAAAAACAAGUUCAGAAAGGUGAAGGGAUUAUUAAACAAGGAGAUGAUGGUGACAAUUUCUAUGUCAUUGAAAGUGGAAUUUAUGAUGCUUAUGUUCUUAUGGAUGAUAAAACUGAAAAACUAAUUCAUACUUACAAUAAUUGUGGCAGUUUUGGAGAGCUUGCUCUUUUGUAUAAUAUGCCCAGGGCUGCUACUAUUAAAGCUGCUAGUGAUGGUGUCUUAUGGGCACUUGAUAGAAGUACUUUCCGUAGAAUUGUUUUAAAGAAUGCUUUUAAGAAAAGAAAAAUGUAUGAGUUGCUUAUUGAAAGUGUUCCAAUGCUUUCAGCUCUUGAGCCAUAUGAACGAAUGACAUUGGCCGAUGCUUUAAUACCGCAGACAUACAUAGAUGGACAGAAAAUAAUAACUCAAGGAGAUGCAGCUGAUGGGAUGUAUUUUAUUGAGCAGGGUUCUGUAAAAAUAUCUGUAAAAGAUGAAAAUGAACAAGAUGUUGAGAUUAAGCAAUUGAAGCAUGGUGAUUAUUUUGGUGAGUUAGCAUUAGUAACUCAUAAGCCUAGAGCUGCUUCUGCUCAUGCCGUUGGAUUUGUGAAAAUUGCUUUUUUGGAUGUUGAAGCAUUUGAAAGAUUAUUGGGACCUUGCAUGGAUAUCAUGAAAAGGAAUUUUGAUGAUUAUGAAGCCCAAUUACAUGAAAUAUUUGGAUCCUCUUAUAGUGCAGCUGAUGCCAGAUCAUGAAUUAAUCAGUAUUUUAAUUUGUUAUUCUCCGAAUAAAAUUUCACCUUUAUUGAAGUAUUUAACCCAUUGGUAAAUCCAUUAAGUGCAUGAAGAAGAUUAAGUAGUAUAUCAACUCUAGGAAGAGGUGAUUUUUAUAAUUGUGUCAUUUUUUUUAUUAUAUUUUAUUACCUGAAAAAUGACAGAGCAAAUAAUAAUGUUGAAUUUUUAAUUAGCUUUGCUACCUCGAUUUAGUUUUAUGGAUAUACAGAACCUUUUUACUGAAAAGGUUACACUUAUCUUGCUGACUGUCAUUUUAGGCCGAAAUUUAUUAUCCAUUAUGUAGUGUGAGGUAGGAUAUGUCCCUUGAUUUGAGCAGUAUUAAAAUAUUGUAUGAAAACAGCAAUUUAGUUGUUGUUAUUGUUUUUGUUUUGUUUUGUUUUUUCAAUUUUUAUGUAAACGACUUUUGAGAAAGAUGUAUUAUUAUAUUAACAUAAUUUAAUUAUGAUGAUAUUGUUAUUAGUGUCAAUAUAUAAGUGUUUUAUAUUUGUUAAACCUUGUUUUGAAAGACCUGUGAUAUUCAGGGUAAAAAAAAAAUAAUAAGUAUAUAUAAAUGAAAGUAAAUUAUGGAAAUUUAUUCUAUUUUGAUGUUAAAAUUAUAUUUGGUUUUAUUCUUAACUUUUAUAGAAUUUAUGGUGACAUGUGGAUUUUUUCCUGAUGUUCAUGGGAACUUCGUGAAUCAUGGAAGUAAGCAUGCAUGUCAAAGAUAAUUUAGCAGAAACUGGAGACCAUACCAAUGUUAUAAUUAUAUGUCUUUAUACCAUUUUAUGAAUUGUAUUUAGUUUUAAAGUAAAGGGAUAUAAAAUAGUUUACUCAUUUGUAUGCUCCAUUGAUCGUUAAAAUAUUUUAAACAUACGUUCAUUUUAUACGUAUACAUUUAUGUGAAAGCACGCAUGUGUGAAUGCAUGUAAAAAUAUUUUCAAAAAAUUUAUAUAGCUUAUAAUUUAUUUUAAUUUAUUGUUACUAAUCAUUUCAGUAGUAUUGAUGCAAUUAAAUGCCAUUGACAUGAUUGUUUUAAUUAUAUUUCUAAAGAUAUGUUGUCUUCUUGUAUAUUUAUCACUAUAAUUGUGUAUUAUGAACCCAGUGAGCCAUAUAAACUAAAAUUUAAGUUAAUCCUGAUCAAUAACUUAACAAAAAAAAAAAAUUAUACUGUUGAAGCUUUAGUGAACAACUGAAUGACUAUUGUUGUAAAAAGGUUGUUUCCUUUUAAUUAUAGAAAUUAUUUAUAUGUUUGUGUUAGGAGGUCUUUUUAAGUUUCAAAUUCCAUUAAUCUUGUUCCUCCUGUUUAUUUCCUUUAAUAGCUUAAUUUCCCUUUCCCUUAUCUAGUACUAAAUGAAAUAAUAUAAGUUUUAGCAUCUGUUUCUUUUCAAAGGAACUUAGGAUAGGCCAAAGUUUAACCUGAAUUAGAGUUUUGUUGCAGAAACCCCUGUCCGUCCUAGAAACAUUCAGGUAAAUAUUAAGCUUGGGGUAUUUUAUAGAGCAGGCCAAGUCUAUUAAAAUCAUUGCCCUUCCCCAAAUUCCUCUUAACUAAAAUAGAUUUUUCAUCACAGUUUUUAAAGUGUAUCUCCAGUAAGUAUUAAUGACCAUAUUAUUAUACAUUAUAAGUCAUUUCUUCUUGUAGUGCUUCUAAAAUUCACUAAUAUUGUGGAACAUUCAUUGUAUUAUUUUGGAGAUAUUUUCAGUUUUUUGUUUUUUCUUAUCAAUAAUUGUGUCAAUUAUCAACAAUCCUGAUCAUAAAUUCAUUAAAGAUACAUGUAGUAUUUUAAGGAAUAGCAGUUAGCAGCUGUGUAUUACUUUGCUUUAAUUUUUUUCUUUCUUUGGAAAUUCCUGAAGACCUUGGUCAUUUGAUUGAAAAUAACUUUUGUGAGAUUUAAUUAACAUUUUUCUUAUCAUUAUUAUUAACUUUCAUAAACUAUUAAUCCCUAACCAGGCAAUGUACAUUAUAGUAUAUACAACUAUCUUGAUUUGUUUUAAAGGCUUGCUAGAGGUCUAUUUCAAUUGCAUAUUUAGUUCUAUACUGUGUUAUUAUUACAGUAAAGUGUGAACAUUUUCUGGGUGUAUAUUAGGUAACUCAAAACAACCUCCUGUAACUUCAUUGCAUCAUUCAAAACUGAAGAAUCAGCAGUGACUGUGUUUAAAUGUUUUUUCACUUGUUCGUUUUGUUUCCUACUAUUACCAAAAAUAAUUGUUUGUUUCUUGAUUUAAUAGUUGUCUUAUGAAUAGUUGAUGUUAAAUUGUUGUAAUUUGCAUUGAAUGAAAAUACUGGCUAUAAAAUUAUUUAUGUCUUAUAAGACACAUUAUACAUUAAAUAUGACACCAGUUCACUUUGGAUCAUUUCUAAAAUAAAACAAUUAGUAUUUUAUUUUUAUCUCUAAUUUUAAAUAUUUUUUUGUUGAGACAAAAUGAUUUCUGAUUUCGAUGUUUUUGUUGAGACUUUCUGCAGAAGGUUUAAAAUGUUGAAAACCUGAUCUCUUUUUCCCUAUAAAAUUCAUGUGAGUUUUUCAAAAGAGAUGGUGGAGAAAACUGUCCCAAAGAUUUUAAGCGUAGCAUAGCUAAUGCCCUUCUUAAAUCAAGUAUGAUCCCAAAACCUUGUUAGCACAAGUUACUUGGCUAUUCUCUCUGAAAAGCAGUAAUGUAAGCUUAUUCGGUUAUGUGUAGGAAAUGUGAGGUUAGAUUACUUUGUGUACCUCAAAGGAACUGUAUCUUUAAAUAUUAUUUUUCCUAAUACACAAAUCAAAAAAUGUUCUGUAUUAUCUCACUUUUAACUAAGUACUAGGAAGUAGUGAUUGAAUGACAUAAAAUAGAUGCAUUAUUUACUCCAAAAUAUUGUUUUUAGUAAUGAAAUUGCUGUUUCUCUCAGAAGGCGCAAAAUGAAAAAAUAAAAUAAAUCAAAUCACUUCUUCAAAUUUUACAGAUAAAAAAAAUUAUUUUAUUGUUCACAGUUGUUGGUAUUAUUUUAUUGUCCCCUGUACCACCAAUUAAGGCCUACAGGAGGUCAGGCAGGUUAAAUGAUUAAUGGGUUUGGGUCUAAGUUUUUAUUCUUCUCUGAUUUGAGCCAUGGUGGAAAUGUUUGGUCAAUUUAGGACUGCUCUAAGACAGUUAAUGGGGUUCAUGUUGGGAGGGAAUAGAUAAUGGCCACUUCAUUCAUUUUAUAUCUACUUUACAAAGGUUCUCUUGGAUGAUUUUCGCCCGAUUGUCGGCAACCAGGGGAUACCAUUGGCCAUAAUUGUUUGCCACUGGUGUUACUGUGGGUUCGAGUAUAUCACUGAGGUACAACAGAGCAUUCAUGGCUCUCUGUAUGGAUAUAAGUUCAGUUUUGGUGAUGUACAUAAUCAACAGAGCUGAGCUACCAUGUCAGGUAGCUCUCAAUAUAAAGAUAUCUUAAAGGACUUGGCCUGAAAUGCUAAGGGUUAAUGAUGUAAGUAGAUGGAAAUUUAUAUUAUAUUUGUUGAAAGAGUCGCUCCCUCGUCUAUAAACAGAUUUAGUCUGAAUUUGUUUUAUUUUAAAUUUUUAAAAGGAAAUCAUGAGUUCUAUGCACAAAUGCUCGCACACUUACAAAAUGAUCAAUUUUCUCUUGGUCUAUUUUUUGACUGUUUAUUCCAGUUAUUUUAUUCGUUUAUUAAUUAGUGAGCCUUCAUUUAAAAUAUUUUCCUCAAUGCUUCCAUAUUUAUUUUAUUUUAUUUUUUAUAAAAUAUUAAUUUUAUAAAUCUUUAAUGAAAUUCCUAAAUUUACACAAUUUUAUUUAAGACAAUGAUGUUUCCGAGUACAACAAUGAUAUUGAAAUAAUUUCCUAAAAUUAUUUCAGAACAUCAUUGUUGUACUGAUGUUUUUUUGAAAAAUUUUCUUAUAAAGCUUUUAUUUUUUUGUUGUGUUAUGUGGUGUCUAUUGACAGACGUUUUUUCUUAGGUUAUUUAACUGAUUUUAUUUGGUAUGUAAAAAGGUUGUGGUCAAAUGUUUAGGUUUUCUCUCUUAUAUUUGUAUCAUACAAACACAAACAGAUUUAUAGACCAGAAUUGUUCAUGUCCUUAAUAAUUCAAGCUGUUGUAUAAAAAUAAUAUUACAAUUAUCAGUUUACCUCUAUAUUAAACUUACAAUGGUAGUAUUAAUCCCUAUCCAUACUUUGCAUAAUUAAAUUUUGUUCUCAUAAAUGCCUUUCAUAUUUUAGUAAAGUUGUAGGUAGCUUUUCAGUAUUAAUGUUUUUGUGUUUCAAUGCCUUAUAAGUUCAGUAGUAUUAGGUUUCACCUAACUUGCAUACCUUUAUGUAUUUGUAUUCUACUUGAAUUUUUAUAUAACCUGGUCAAAUCAUUUAGAAUUGACAUGUAAAUAAAAUCAACAAUUUAUAAUUUAAUAGUACUUAUUGUAGUAAAGAACUAAUUUAAUUCAUUUUAUAGUAUAUAAGAAAAUCAUUAAUUAAUCUAAUGAUGACAUAACAUUAUAAUUCUUUUAUCUUUUAUAUGAUCACUUAAGUAAAUUAUAAAUUAUCACAAGUUGGUCAAGAUAAAGGCUGUCGACGAUUCAUAUUCUGUGAUCAAUGUCUUGCAUUAUGUCCUGUUCUGUUCAUGACUUCAUAUCCUUAACUUGAACAGACUUAAAAUAUUUUUGCUAUGCUGAUGAUGUGAAUUCACAGCUUUACUGAGUAUGUAGAUUACUUACAAUAAAAAUGAGUUACCAUCAGCAAUAAUAUAUAGUUAAAUUUAUAUUGUAUUCGAUGUAUAUUUAGACACAAUAAUAUUUGUUAAAAAAUAUUGCUACUUGUAUAUUAGAUGUCCAUCUAAUGUCAUUAAAGUAUUAUUUGAAUAAAGGGUUUAUAUUUUUAAGUUUAUGAAUCAUUGUGAUAAAUAAACAAAUUUUAAUUUUGUGUUAAACAAGUAAAGUAUACAAAAAAAUUAGUGUAUUGCAUAGAUUUUUUAAAAUUUUUAUUUAUGCUUUAUCUAUUAAACAAUGCCUUUUCUUAACUUAUAAUUUUUCUAUUCAGAUCUGCUAAUUUUCCAAAGGUAGACUUCCCUUGGCAAUUUUCCUUCAGACAUAUUUUUACGGAAUUUUUUCAAUCUUUUUGAUUUUUUUUUUUGUUCCCCAUCUUUUCUCGAUCAUUUUAUUUCUUAUUUUAUCAAUUUUGAAUAUUCUUGCCAAAUGUUGUGAGUAUCCAUUUCAGUUGUUAGGAGUUCUUUAAUGUCUAGUUAUAUGUACUAUCAUAAUAUUUUUUUUUUCCUGGUGAUAAUAUGUUAGCUAGUUUCACAAAAAUGUAAUAUUUAGAUUUCAAAACUUGAAAUAAGGUUGCGAUGCUUAUGAAAGACUACUUAAACAAACCAUGGAUUUGGUGUGGUUUGGUCCCUUUCAGAGAUAAUUUACUGUUUUUUCUUUAAAAAAUUAUUAUUAUUGAAUUGCUUCUCAAUUAUAAGUGACUUUAGCAGUAUUGUUACCAGCAGUGCCAUUUGACCCUGAGGACAUCUAAUCCACAAGUAUUGAGAAUUAUUUUAAACCUAUUCAUUUCAAAGUUCAAUUUGGCUAAUAGUAAAUGAUGAAUUUAUACCUGAAAUGAACAAUGUUUUAUUUGUUUUCUAUUAAUAAUUAUUCUUUCCUUAACAAAAGAUUGAUAAGUAUAUGAAACAUUUAUAAAUGAAUCGUAAAUAUUUAUAAAUAUACAAAACAUUCAUAAAUGAAUCGUAAACUUUUAUAAAUAUACAAAACAUUUAUAAUUGAAUUACAAUAGAUUUAUAAAUUAUGAAGCAAGUGUUAUAAAUUAAAAUGUAUUAAUUCAUUUGUUUGCUAACUGCUAGAAAUAUUUAAAACUUAUUAAUAUAAUUUUUUAGUGUAUAUUCAAAUAUUCAUCAUUUUGAUUAGUUUUUUAACCUUGUAAUGUUAUAUUAGUGAUUAUUUUUUUAUUGUUUGAAACUUUUAAAUUUUAUUAUCUAUUUAGUUGGAUGUUUUAUGAUAUAUUCUUUUGUUAUUUUUUAAGUCUCUUGGUUUUUAUUUCAUUGAAAUGUGUAUUACAUAUUUAGUAAGAAUUCUUGUUAUUUUUAAUGACAAAUUCUCAAAAAUUAAUCUCUUUCUUAAUGUCAAAUUCAAUAAAAAAAAAAUAGUUGUUUUUCUUAACCUUUUCGCUGCUAUGAGUGACAAGCUUUACUUCUACCUCAGUGCUAAGUAAGACGGCUAAACGCCUACCGGCUCAUCCUAUAUACUUUUUACCUACUUUCCACUCUUCAUUACCGGGUCUUACUAAUAACUGUUAAUCCUAUUUUAUUUUUCCAUCCUUUUUGAUUUGGGUUGUGGACCGAUUCUGGUUGAGUUAAAAUUUUUUUGUUAUACGUUUAACUAUUUAUUUAAUAAUUGAAUUUUAUUUGGUACUCUUCGAAGCAUUUGUCAAUACCAAAACCAACCUUACAAUUGAGACAUUCUACUUAUGUUUUUCGCCUAAUAGUUUUUUUGUUUGAACAAACCACACAUCUGUGUGUAUAUAUAUAUAUAUAUAUAUAUAUAUAUAUAUAUAUAUAAUUUAUAAUUUAAAAUUAAGAAAAAGUGGUUUAUUAGGAAAAUAGAUAUAUAUAUAUAUAUAUAUAUAUUUAUUUUAAAGAAAAUAAAACAAAAAAAAGACUAACAACUAAAAUAAUUAAUUCUAUACGGCUACGUAACUAACUAAACUAAUUCUAUUUGAUCUAAUUUCUAACUAAAAUAACUAGACUAAAUUUAUGUUAAAUCAGAGCAGUUGUUUCACACAGAACGCAAAAACAAGUACGAAAAUAGUCGAGACGGCCAGAGAAAGACCGGUGCAGGUAUUCACCCAUAGCAGUUCAUGAAGUGUACAAGAAAAGCUCCAAAAUAAAUCCCCACACCAUCUGUAGGCUCUAGUUAGAAGCUUUAUUUCUCUAAGAAACCUGUACAAUGUAGCAUAGUCUUACAAGCUCUACUUGACAUUAGCAAAUGGAGAGAAAAUCAGUGAGCGAUGUUAGUGCUGAGGGCAGGAGUGGAGCUCAUAGACUAUAACCGUCAUUAGAAAAGGACACGUUCUGUCGGCUAUAAAUGUUGUUAGCAGCUAAAAGGUUAACUCUGCAACAAGAUUUAUGUAUUUAAAAUUAAACAAUUUCAGUUUGAAAAAAAAAUAUGAUCUUUUUAAUUUUUUUUUAAAGCUGAUCAUAACAAUAUUCUUAAUAUUUUUUCAAAGAAUCUGAAUUGUUAUUAAUGAAUGUUAUCAGUUAUGCUUUCUUUCUUUAACAUGUUUGUAUUUAUGUUUACUAAUUUUUAAAAAUACAAUUCAAACAUUUAGAUUUAUUUAUAUGUAUAUUUUAAAAAAAAAAUGAAUUAGUGCCAUUUUUAUAUUAUAAUUUUUUCAAUGAUAGAUUGUUCUGUUGUUUUUAUGUCAGCUGUAUGCACAGCCAUUGCUUUAAUAAUUAAUAAAUUAGUACGUAAUGUUUGUAGAUCUCACUAAUUAUUUUUUUAGUAUACAUUUCAGCAAAUCCAGUCUUUGUUUUAAUAUUUUAUAUUGUUAUAUUGUGUACAUUUUUAUUGAUCAAUGUUGAGUAUUAAAGUUUUAUGUUUUGUUUAUUUCAUAGAUUAAAUUUAUUUGAUGUUUUAAUCUUUGUUAAAUAAAUAUUUACAAUUAUUUAUUUUAACAUAUUCCACAUAUUUCGGUUUUGGUGACAUAAGAUGGGAUUAUAAAAAUAUAUUUACUGGAGGAAGAAAUUCCUAAUUCCAUGUUGUGUGGUAUUAAUGCCCUCAAAAUAAUUAUUUUUGUUUAAACUUAUUUUUUAGUCAUUAAAGUCUUAAUAAAAUAUUUUAAGUAAAUUAAGUUUAAAUUUUUUUCCAAGUUUUAAUUAUAUUAAAAAAAAUGAACAUUUUUUAAUUUAGAUAAAUAUUAUCAGUUCUUUUCAUUUUUAACCAAAUAUUAGUCAGCAUUGGUUCUGUAACAAUCAAGUUUUAAUAAUAUAUAUUUCCAUCAUAUUAUUUUAAUUACUUCCAAACUAUUUUUAUUAAUUAUAAGUUUCAUAUAAUUGUGAAUAAUGUUUAUUAAUAGUCGCAUUAAUUGCAAUAAAUUGUUUAAUUGGUUUACUUUAGUGGUUAUUUUGGGGAAAAAAGUAUUUUCAUUUAUUUAAUCAAGCUUUUAUUUAUAUUUAUUAUUAUGUAUAUAUAGUUCAUGCACAAGUACUGAGAAUGGAGAAAUGCAAUUCUUAGUUUGACAUUCAAAACAUCUAAAAGCUUUUCUUUUUAAUAAGUGUGGUUUUUGUACAUAUAAUUUAGAAAUUAUCUGAUUCUUUAGUUCAUUGCUGUAAAACAUAUUACAUAAAAUAAAUGAUUCUUUUAUUAUUUACUAUCAUUAUUCUGGUGAUUCCUUGUCCAUCAUGUAUGUUUUUAUUUGUAUCAAAGAGUAUAAAAUAAGCAUAACUGUAGGUUACUUUUACAGUUUUAGUGUAACCAGCAAAAAAUAUCAUGAAGAUUAUUUUAAAAGAUACAUUUAUAUGUUUCCCAAAUUCCAUCAACCUAUAAACACGUAAUAACUAAAAAUAACCCCACAAAUAGGGGUGUCUGUACACUUUUAUUCCACAGAAAUAAACUUGAUAGAUAUUGAACUCAUAUCACCUAUUUUGUUUUAAUUAAAAUACUUCUUUUUUAAAGAAACAAAAAUAAAAUGGAGUAGAAACUCAAAUACCUGUUGAGUUCUUAUGCAGCACUAGCAUAGUUCUAUACUAGCACUUAUGUAUAGUUUUCCGUUCGGUUUCUUUGAUUUGUGCCUAAAAACUGACAGUUAACCAGAUCGGCCAUCGGACAGAGAAACAUACAUAAGCUAAGUCAUAUAUCCUAUUUACAGGCUUGUGCUCACUAUGAUUAGGGGAACCUGUAAACUCUUCUUUGAAUGAAAACUGAAAAAUUAUUUUGUUCUGUAUGUGUAGUGUGCAUAUGUAUGGUUAACAAUUACAUAAGAAAAAUGCUAAUAAAACUGAACACUUUCCUAUAAAAAUAAUUCCUGUUUAUGUAUAUUACUUAAAAAUAAAAAUAAUUUUCCAUUUUAAUUUUAGAGAAAUCAUGUAAUAUGAUGGCAUCACCAGGUUUUAAAAGUUAAAUAAAAAAAUUGAAUUAGGGAAAAGGAAUGCUGCAUCAAUAUGGAAAAGGUUUUAGGAAGACAACCUCCUCAUAUCAACUCAAUCCUUUCUUGAAUAAUAAUAAAGUGAACGUAGGCUGUAUGUUUUAACAACUUCAUGCAUUCAAGUGAAAGUAUUUAGUUUAAAUAUAUUGUUGUGGAAUGUGUUAAUAAAAUUUAUAAAAUAACUAGUUAUUUAUUACUAAUAUAAGAAAAGCAUUACAGGCUAUACUACUUCAAUUAAGUGCCAACAUUCCAUUGUCAAACUUAAUAUUUGCAUAGUAAAAUAAUACCCGUGAGAUUAUUUUAUUCUAUUAUUUAAUAUUGAACUCAAGAAUCAAAAGAGAAACACUAUAGUUCUUUAUUUUUAUCACAAACAAAGAAUUUGAUGUUUUAUAGUAUAAUAAUGAACUUGUAAUAUUAAAGGCAUAUUGUUAUAUUUAACACUAUCCAAUCAAUUUUGUAUGUUCAAUUAUGCAUAUUCAUAUUUAGUUUUAUAAAUCUCAAACAACACACAUUCAAUAUACACACACACUCAUAUUGUGUAUGUAUAUACACAUGUUAAUUAUAUACCACUAGAUUUCAUGGUAUGUAAUGUACUGAAUUAAAUUAAAGGACCUUUCAUCAGGGUUACUGUUGGUGGGAAUUUUUUUAAAAAUGUUUAUGUGUAUUUAAAAGUAAAUCUAAGUACAACAUAUGAAAUAUAUUUUUUUUAGGCAUAAUAUGCUAAUAAAAAGUCUAAGCCUUAGAAAUCAUAUUGUCAAGAAAAUUAAUAACUGCUCAUCCAUCAUAUUGACCUGUAAUAACUAAAUUUUAUAAAUUAUUAUGUGCAAGUAUUUCCUCGUGAUUUUGCCUAAUGUUACUGCCAUUGUUGAUAUAUUAUUAAAUUGUGCUAUCCUGUGUGUUCCUUUUAUAUAUUACCAUUUAUAUUUAAUAAUGUACAAUGUAUCUAUGUUUUGUGUGUAUAUAUAUAUAUAUAUACACAUAUAUGUGAAAAUUUAUAUUUAUUUGUGUGUUUGUAUACAUUUUACUCAAUUGACAAUCAGGUAUUAUUGGGUUACCAUUCAUAUCAUAUUAUGAAA